AUGCCUGAUGAGAAGCCUAGAGUCAAACAUGGCUCAGAGCAUAGUUUGCCCGGUGGCGUGAACGAAGAUAUCGUAGCACUGCCCGCCACAGAUAGCGAUAGUAUACGGGGCGAGAAGUCGAAUCCGGCUACCUCUACGAGCGGAGACCGGGCUCUCGUGUUGAUGGACUUGGAGAAUGGACUCGUUGGUUGGGAAAAUGCUGAAGAUCCUGAAAACCCACAGAAUUGGACUUUGAAAAAGAAAUGGAUGCUUAUGUUUUGGAUGGGCUCCAUGUCAACCUUUUCACCUAUGAUGUCUUCCUUGUGUGCACCGGGAACAUCAUUGACUCUCGAUGAGUAUGGAAUAAGCUCAAGGACCCUCGGAACUCUCAUGAUCUCCAUCUUCGUCCUUGGUUAUGCUGUUGGACCUUUGUUCCUAGCACCUUUAUCAGAGAUGUAUGGUCGUGUUCCCGUAAUCAAUGCUUCAAGUGCAUUCUUCAAUCUUUUCAUUCUUGGAUGUAGCUUUGCACCGAACAUGCCGAGUCUGAUCAUCAUGCGUCUUCUAUCUGGAAUAGGAGGCUCGGCAGUAAUGACAAUUGUUUCAGCUGUGAUAGGAGAUGCUUUCCGAGUACACGAGCGUGCUGCAGUAUCGUCCGUUGUGAUCGGAACACCCUCGUUGGCCCCUAUAGUGGGUCCAAUUGCAGGAGGAUUCAUAUCACAGCACCUUGGAUGGCGUUGGGCUUACUGGAUUCUCCUCAUGGCAAGUGGACCACUCAACAUCUUUAUGAUAUUUCUCAUGAAAGAGUCCAAUCAUCCUACUAUUCUUCAGAAGAAGACGAAUCGAUUAAAGAAAGAACUUGGCCGCGAUGAUUUGCGGUCUCAAUUAGAAAUGCCUCUGCCUCCGCGAGCUAUCCUUACGCGAAGCAUUGUUCGCCCAAUCAAGUUUCUCUUUAGGUCACCCAUAGCAUUCCUUAUCUCGUUGUAUGUCAGCAUUGUCUAUGGUACUUUAUAUUUGUUAUUCACUUCUAUACCCGACGUCUUUCAAGAUACAUACGACUUUGGUAUACAGUACACUGGGCUCGCAUAUCUCGGACUUGGCUUAGGCAUGUUUAUUGCUUUAGGUUUCAUCAUGAAGUACAACGAUCGCACUGUUGUUUGCCUGCGCGAAAGGAAUGGUGGUGUUUUCGAGCCCGAAAUGCGUCUCGCAACAACCAUCUAUUUUGCCCCAUUCAUGCCCGUCUCCCUCUUCAUCUACGGCUGGACUGCCAGACAGAAUAUACACUGGAUUGUUCCAUGUCUCUCCUUCAUACUGUACGGCUUUGGCAUACUAGGGAUCUUCGUUCCGUGUCAGACAUACAUGGUCGACGCCUUCCUGACCACUGCCGCCUCCGCAGUUGCUGCAUUGGUAUGCUUGAGAAGUGUUUUCGGCGCCUUCUUGCCACUGAUUGGCCCUAAAGUCUACGAGAGUCUAGGAAUGGGAUGGGGCAAUAGUCUCUUAGGAUUUGUAACUAUUGCCGUCACACCUGUUCCAUUCAUGUUCUUAAAAUGGGGUGGUUAUAUUAGGAAAAAGUAUCCGGUCGAUGUGUAA